GUUAGGCCACGGGAACAGGCAAGUGGUGUAUGAUCGGGGUGGUUUUGGUAGCUCUGGGUUGUUGGGGGAAAGCAAGGAUGCUUCAGAAGACGGUUCUCUCUUUUCUUCACCGCUUGUUCUACGCCCUCCCGCUGAUGUAGGCCAACCGACCAGAUCUUCUUUGGCUCUCAAACUUACCAACAUGCAACUUCGUGAACAUUCAGCCGCUGAGAAAAGCCAUGCCCCUGCCCAUACCGUUAUGGAUCAUCCCACAUCUUCCUUGCCUUUGGACGAACGUGUUGAGUCACCACGCCAUGCUGCAUCACACGCCUCGACUUUGGCUUCCCGUACUGAAAUGCUAUUGGAACAAGUACUCACUCUCCUGCGAGCAAUUCAAGUAGUGGAUGCUGCUGCCCACGCGAAUGCACAACCUCCUGUGCCCUCCCACGCUCCUAGCGUGCCACCACCUGGCCCAUCUUCUUCCCCGCCAACGCAUCUGACACCGCUGCAAGACCACGCUUCGAGCUUGUCGGGAGCUCCUGUAGGGCGCGAGGUUCGUGCCGAAACAGCUGCCAGGGCCACGUCAGGAUCAUCGUCAUCAGCCACGAGGUCGGCGACAGUACCGGUCGGGCCUGCGGUGGCACCGUCAGCGUCGACAGCCCCAGCCCUUUUGCAACAGCCUUUGGUGGUAUCGCCCCACUCCCUCCAGCGUGCGUCUGUUCUGAUUGAUCCUAACUCUGCAACCGGCCACAUCGUCGAGCCACCGGGUCAAGCGGCAUCACCGUUGCCACAGGACGAUGCUGGUUUGCCUUUGACUUCCACAAGAGCGAGAGCGAGGCAGGAAGCUCUGGACGCUGCGGACGCCGCUGCGACGGAGGCCGACAUCAUCCGCAUCCAAGACAAGAUGGACAAGCUGAAACCGGAACAACGUGAUAGUAUCAUACGCUUGCCCCUCGGACCUGAUCCUGAUGAAUUUGCUCGCUUCGCGUCUAGCUGCAAGGGUGUGGUCACAGAGAUCCUCAACAAAAGCGACGUCAAGCGCAAGCAGACUUUCAAUUCCUCCACCUGGGUCACCGGAUGGCUUCCGUUGUUGCGCAAACGUGUCCGUGCUGCUGUCGUUGAAGGCCAAACCACCAACCGUGCCACUCUGGAAUUUCUUGAUGCCACCUUCCUACAGGUAGAAAACCAUCUGCGCAAGGAACCGGCAGGGCCCUCGACGUACGCCUUCUUCAUCCAGAAAUUGGCGGCCGCCUGGGACACUCAAGACAAGAGCUCGGGGAUUGAUCGUCUUCGCAGUUUUGGCGUAUCCAACGGCGAGACUUACGGAGAAUACAUCCGUCGCUAUAAGGCUCUGGCCAUGACCGUCAUGGUUUCCCACCACGCGUUCAAGCCUUCGGAUGCGCAAGUGCAGAUAGCUGUUCGAGACUCCAUGUUGAAGCAGUUUCCGUUAAGUGUCUGGGCAGGUGUACAAGGAUGAGCAGCUCUCCAUGGAAGCCCCUUGUGGGCGACAUGCUUCGUGUCUGGAUAAUAUGUGGGAUGUGUUGGACAAGCGUGCGUUCGCGAACACGCCGGCGGUGCAUGGAGAUGAUUUCUUUUCGGUACCUUCCACGAAUGCUAGGAGUUCGUCUGCUGUUUCGCGUGCUGUAGCUUCUUCGGCGUUGCGUUC